CCUGCGUUACCUGCGUUAGGCAGGAAACCAGGCAGUUCCUCUGGUUGUCUGACCGACCGGCUCCUAUCAAGCCCGAGACUCGGAUUCUCGGUUCCCGGCGGAGGGAUCCGCAGCGUCCGAGGAGGCGGCGCUGAGUUUGGGAGGAAGAGUCAGCUACGGCGGCGGCGGCGGCGGCGGCGGCUGGGGCUGCUGGGGCGGCAGCGCAUAAAGGGGCCGCCGCCGGGUGAUGCGGUGAUCCGCUGCGGCAGCCCCAGAAGCUGAGCGGGCCCCGGCCCUCAGCCCGUCCCGCCGGACCCGCGCUCCCGUACGUCCCGUUUUCUCCGGCCGACCCGCGACCGCCCCGGCGGCCUCAGGCCUCCUGGUCCCUUCCCCGUCCCUCCCCGGUCCCCGUCCCAGCCCCGGGGGCUACUGCCUCCCACCAUGGCUCUGAAGAGAAUCCACAAGGAAUUGAAUGACCUGGCACGGGAUCCCCCAGCACAAUGUUCAGCCGGUCCUGUUGGAGAUGACAUGUUUCAUUGGCAAGCUACAAUAAUGGGACCAAAUGACAGUCCUUAUCAGGGUGGAGUAUUUUUCUUGACAAUUCAUUUCCCAACAGAUUACCCCUUCAAACCACCUAAGGUUGCAUUUACAACAAGAAUUUAUCAUCCAAAUAUUAACAGUAAUGGGAGCAUUUGUCUUGAUAUUCUACGGUCACAGUGGUCUCCAGCACUAACUAUUUCAAAAGUACUUUUGUCCAUCUGUUCUCUGUUGUGUGAUCCCAAUCCAGAUGAUCCCUUAGUGCCUGAGAUUGCUCGGAUCUACAAAACAGAUAGAGAAAAGUACAACAGAAUAGCUCGGGAAUGGACUCAGAAGUAUGCGAUGUAAUUAAAGAAAUUAUUGGAUAACCUCUACAAAUAAAGAUAGGGGAACUCUGAAAGAGAAAGUCCUUUUGAUUUCCAUUUGACUGCUUUCUAUGAGCCCACGCCUCAUCUUCCCCUGUGCACAUGUUUACCUGAUAAAACAGCAGUGCUGCGUGUUGUACAUACUUGGAACAACAAACUAGAGAUACUGUACUUCUGUACCAACAUUGCCUCCUAGCAGAGAAGUAUGUGUAUGAAAAGCCAAUCUUCCAGGCGUAACCUAGGUGUGAGACAAAAAACUUUACUUAUUGGCAGAAAUUUGGAUAACGGCAAGGUGCGAGGGAUGGUGGGCACAUGGUGUGUACUUGGAUGGGGGAAAGCUCCACUGGCCUGUAGGAGAUUGUUUUUAAGUGGAAUCCAUUUAAAAUCAAAACCGUUAUGAACAGCAAGGUGAAGAACAUGAAGUUAUUUCUGUAUUCAUUUUCUUCGAAGGACCUACAACUUAGGUGAAAGUUAUGACCAACCAGAUUAAACUACCCACAUCCUGUAUUCUAAGGUCUAAGUUUAACUGGUCAACAUUUAAAUGGAUUGGAGCUAUUAGUACAAAAAGUGUGAUGGGCUUUGUUUCCAACUCUUUUACAUUUCCCUACCCUUUCAGCCUUUCAUCCUCCCUCUCUCUCUCCCUCCCUCUCUCUCUCUCUCUCUCUCUUUCUUUCUUUCUCUCUCUUUCCAUAUUCUUUGGUUUGUAUGUGGUUUCUCAGUUAAUACAUAGCUAAUAGCUCUUAUUUUUCUUAUGUUUUUAACUGCUUAGGUCUAUUUGGAUGUAAGGGUGAAAAUUCAUUUGAUGGAAAUACUUGUGUAUAUUUAAAGACCCAAUUGCUCCUCUGGAGCUUGUACGUUCAAGAAUGAUUAAUCUGUGUAAUAAACUGAUUACUACAGUCAUUACAUAUAAUUUUGUGUGAAUAGGCUUUUUGAUUUUAAGAACUUUGUCUAACUGAGAUUAGUGGUGGGUGUUCCCUCACCCCUGAAAUGUUUUCAUUUAUACUGGUUGCAUUUUAAAAUCAUGAAACAAUUGCAGUUUACAUAGUUAAAAAAAAUACCUUGAGUAAUUUUACUGAACAAGAUAAAAGGCAUCAGCUUAAAGGCAUUUUUGUGAAAUGUGUAUGUGCAGCAUUCCAGGAACAUGACUGUUACACUAAAUAAGAAAUUUGCUUUGUUAAUGAAACUAAGCUGCAUCUCACCAAAACCUUGUGACAUUCCCUUGGUACAUAGAACAUAAAACACGAAGGCAUUGCUAUUUGGUAAGUGAAGCCUCUGUGACUGUAAUUAUAUAGAGCAACUCUGACCAAACUUGGGAACAUGAGCACAAUCUUGUAUUGGAGAGUCUACGUAAUUACUUUGCACUAACAUUUGCAGGAUGUUCAUCCAAUUUUAAAUUGUACUGUAUGUGGCUUUUUAAAGUCUUCCCUUGACUCUAGUAAAAUGUAGUUUGAAACUUGUA